ACCUGAUUUACCGGAGCGAGACGUAUGCGUACGGUCAUGGAGGCUGCACUCGGUUUAAUAACGCGAUUCAGCUAACGAGGACACGUGUACGUUAACGAUUGGCAAAUUAUUUCCCUUCACUUUCGCACCGGGUGACGUUCAACGCUCGAGAUAUUUCUGUUUCAAUAAACAAGGCUAAUAUUAGAAAUAAUCCACGAUGGACGUCGACUGGUUCCAAGUCCUGAUUAUCGUCGUCGUAGUUCUGAUCCUGCUCCUCGUCUGCACGAGACACAGACGUAAGAUUGACGUCACGAAGAAAGUGAUCGUGGAGGAGGAGAUCGUCACAACCCAGACCUCGUUCCAGACGCACACGAUGACGCAGCGGGUCUUUGAUGACGUGGACCGCGCGGACCGCAUCACCGUCACACAGCAGACGAAGACAAUGGCGGAAAGGGCCGAGCAUGCGCCGUUGUCCCGUCACGCCAACAGCAUGAUGCAGAUCUUCAACACGACCGACCUGAAGGUGGUGGCGGAGGAGUUCAACUCUCUAGAUGAAGUCAGUUCCGCCAUCAGGAAGGCGGGUCUCGAACACUGUAAUCUUAUCUUUGGUGUUGACUACACAGCCAGCAACUACCAACAGGGGAAGAAGACAUUUGGAGGAAAAUGUCUCCAUGACAUUGAACCAAAUGAGCAAAACCCUUAUCAAAAGGUUAUUGCUGUGUUGGGUGAGACCCUGGAGCCAUUCGACAGUGAUGGCGCUAUUCCAGCGUUUGGAUUUGGAGACAUGACCACUCGCGACAAAUCCAUAUUCUCUCUCAAGACUGAUGGUUUAUGUAAAAGUUUCAAAGAGGUGCUACAGAUAUACAACAACAUCACCCCACGUGUCCGACUCAGCGGACCAACCAAUUUCGCGCCCCUCAUUCGCCAGGCCAUCGGCAUUGUCAAAGCUGCCAAAACUUACAACAUUCUUGUCAUCGUAGCAGACGGCCAAGUAACGAGUGAAAGGGAGACAAUCGAGUCGAUCGAGGAGGCGUCCAACUAUCCCAUGUCAAUCAUUAUGGUGGGCGUGGGCGACGGACCCUGGGACACCAUGGAUGAGUUUGACCAAAAGUUGCCGUCCCGACUUUUUGAUAAUUUCCACUUCGUGAAUUUCUCGGAAGUGACGUCGAACGUCAAGAACGCUAACUCUUCAUUCGCUCUGCACGCGCUAAUGGAGAUUCCCGACCAGUUCAAAUCUAUUAAAGAACUCGGCUUACUGAAAAUGUGAAUUUACUGAUCUCCUUGUCAUUUAGAAAGACAAACGUUAAAAGGCGCAGAUCCUAGUUUCAACCCGUGAAAACGGGCACUAAGUUUGGUUAAUCUACAAACCUGUAACACAUUUGAAUAAAGUUACAAUAA